AUGCUACGCACUGUUGCAAGAUGCGUCUCCCGUGCGACGACCGGGACGAGCUACAGGCUCGCUUCUUUGAGCUUCAGGGCCUGCGCCGCCACGCUCGCCCCCAUCGCGGCCCUGAGCAACAAGCCCAAGCUCCGAGACUAUCAGCAGGAGUGCAUCAAAUCCGUGCUCCUGUCUCUGAAGCGCGGGCAUAAGCGCGUCGGCAUCUCUCUGGCCACGGGGAGCGGCAAGACGGUCAUCUUCACACAGCUCAUCGACAAGAUUCACCCUCGGGCAGGCGGCGGCGACCGCACGCUCAUCUUGGCGCAUCGCCGUGAGCUGGUCGAGCAGGCGGCGAGGCACUGCCAGCUCGCGUACCCGGACAAGACGAUUGAGAUUGAGAUGGGGUCCCUGCACGCGUCCGGCACGGCCGACAUCACCAUUGCCAGCGUGCAGAGCAUCACCUCCAAGGAGCGCCUGGAAAAGUUCGACCCCGCGGCGUUCAAGCUGGUCCUCGUGGACGAGGCGCAUCACAUCGUCGCCCAGGGAUAUCUCAAGACCCUCAAGCACUUUGGCCUCGAGCAGAAGCAGCGCGACUCCCCCACGCUCAUCGGCGUGUCCGCCACGUUUUCCCGCUUCGACGGCGUCAAGCUGGGCGCCGCCAUCGAUGAGAUUGUGUACCACAAGGACUACGUCGACAUGAUUGCCGACAAGUGGCUCUCCGACGUCAUCUUCACGACUGUCGAGUCGUCGGCGAACCUCUCCAAGGUCAAGAACGGCGCUUUUGGAGAUUUCCAAACGGGCGAACUCUCCAAGGUCGUCAACACGGACGAAGUCAACGACAUUACGGUGCGGAGCUGGAUGGCCAAGGCGCCCGACCGAAAGUCCACGCUCGUCUUCUGCGUCGACCUGGCUCACGUGUCUGGGCUCACUCACAAGUUUAGAGAGUACGGCUUCGACGCCAGGUUCGUGACUGGUGAUACACCAAAAGUGGAGCGGAGCGAGAUCCUCGAGGCCUUCAAGAAGGGCAAGUUCCCGGUGCUGGUCAACUGCGGUGUAUUCACCGAGGGUACCGACAUACCCAACAUCGACUGCAUAGUCCUGGCGCGGCCGACGAGGUCGCGAAAUCUGCUGGUCCAGAUGAUCGGACGAGGCAUGCGGCUGCACCCGGGGAAGAAGAACUGCCACAUCAUCGAUCUGGUGUCGAGCUUGGAGACUGGCAUCGUGACGACACCGACUCUAUUCGGCCUCGACCCGAACGAGCUGGUGGACCUGGCGUCCGUCGCCGAUAUGCGGAGGCUCAAGGACCACCGCUCGGCCGAGGAAGCCAGGCAACAAGACGCCUACUCUGGCGGGUCCAGCGCCGGCGCAAGCUCAGCAACCGCCGUCACAUUCACCGACUACUCGUCCGUCCUAGACCUCAUCGCCGAUACCUCCGGCGAGCGACACAUCCGGGCCAUUAGCCAAUACGCAUGGGUGCAAGUCGGCCCCGAGCGAUUCGUCCUCUCCGCCCCCAGCGGCUCCUACAUACGAAUCGAGCGCAUCGCAGGCCAAGCCGCCGCCAACUCCGCGCCGACAUACCGCGCGCUCGAGAUCCGCGCCCUGCCACCCGGCGUCUCCAAGUCGCCCUUUGCCGCCCCGCGGGAGAUACUCACCGCGGCGACCUUCAACGACGCGGUCCACGGCGCCGACAGCUACGCCGCCAACGCGUUCCCGCACACCUUUAUACACCGAUACCAGUCGUGGCGCAGCCUGCCGCCCACGCAAGGCCAGCUCGACUUUGUGAACCGCCUGCGCGGAAAGGGCAAGGCCCUGACUGCGGCGGACCUGACGAAGGGCAAGGCGGCCGACAUGAUCACCAAGCUCAAGCACGGUGCCCGUGGCCAGUUCGCGAAAAUAGAGGCGGAGCAGCGACGACGGGAGAGGCAGACGACCACGGCAGAGGCGAGACAGGGCCGCGAGCAAGUGAGGGUCGGGCCGGUCAUGGCGUGA